GCAUUUCUUACCUGCGCCCUGGAAUCCGCGCGUCGAAUGGGCAUUGCAGCUUUUUAUGGAAUCUCAACACCUCCUUGGGGUCUGCUACCAUGUCCUGCAGGAAGCCUUCCACGCGGCAAACAGCCCGCAAGGUUGCCAGACUCGGUUCUAAGUGUCGUCCUGCGCCCAAAUCGCUUUCUCCGCUAGGCGAGCACUCAUUUCUUGCCUGAUUUCGACUGACCAGUCUUCACUUACAUUCCCUUUGCAUAUUUCUUACUGUGCGACAUUCUUUGAACAAUGGUGACACUGCAGAAGUGCAUUUUGCGGUCAAGAGAUGACUGACACCUCCUGAAUUGUGUUUGGUAAAGUGGUGGGCAGUGAACAACCUACUCCAGACUGACUACGCACAAGCAAGAAUCCCUCUGCAGGAGGACAGUGACUUCUUGAAUUGGACAUCAUGGCGAAGAGGGUGUCUUCAUUGUUCUCGCUAUCACUAACACGGGAUGACAAGGGUCGUGAACACGAACAGAUCUCCCAUCCUCCUGGCACUGAAUAUCUUCACACAUCCUCUCACACGACCAUUGCAGCUCCUCAUAAAUUGCAUAAAUAUCAUGCUACCACAUCCUCCGACAUCAAUCUCCACGAAGAACUUCCUCCACUUGCCCCUCCUCCUCUUGUUUCUGACGAAGGAGUAUACAGACCACCGAGCAGUCACCGCAGUGGACCAGACAGCAGACUCGGCAGCAGGACGAGCAGCCCGAUCAGUCUGAAUCGAGUACAGAGUCGCGAUGACAGCCGCAGUCGACCCCAAUCACCCGCCUUGACGGUGCCAUCUGGCGCGGCUUCAAUCGGUUCUCCGGGUCGACCUCUUACCCCGACGUCCACUAAAAUCAAAAAGAAGAGCUGGGGACCUACAAAGCAUGAGCGUCAUGGUUAUGAAGAGGGACAGCCACAGCCAAAAGCCUGGAUUGCUGGACUAAGAGAAUUGGUCGCUUACGAUCUGACGCCGCUGCUCAAUGGCGAAAAGGUCCCCGAAGUCUGGAACGACGAGGGUGAUACGCUAAUUUAUCUCUAUCCGCCAUCUUCAGGGAAAGGCCCAUGUUUCAAGAUUCAGUCUUCUCUCUUGAUGGAUUCUAGAGCUCUUGUCAACCUGCGAUUGGCGUCCCCAACUUCUCCUGUUGACAAGGACGGUGAUCUCCAACAACUUCACGCUGCAUUCGCCGAACUAACUACCGCGUCAAAAGGAGGUCGUCCUCCAUCCCAAGCCAGUUCAACGGCCUCCCGGCCUUCCUUGAACUUUUCCAUCCCAAAUCUUGUUACUGCGGUCAAUGAGCAAAAACACGUGUAUGUGCCCUUGGGCUUUGAACGAGAUAUGUCCCAUCCCUGGUCGGAACCACAAGGCGAUGAUCUGGAAUUGCUGGUGUUGUACCGCAAUUUCUUUGGAUUCCUUGCUGGUGGUGCUCUGGUCGCUACCCCGAGACAGGUGACGCUAUUCGCAAUCUUCAUGGGGAUCAGCACGAUUCUGAAGAGGUUCUCAUUCACGAAUCCAGACGGCUCAACCUUCGGAGAAGUUCCGACUACCAGCUUCGCGCGCUACUGUGAUGAGCUGAGAUUGAGUGACGUUCGCUCCAGCCGAGAAAAGACAAUCGAAGCGAUUGUUUUGGGGGAGCAGCUCAAAUCUUGGCCAAUGUACCAUGAAGGGUUCACACAUGCCGUGGGUAAACUUGCGGAUAUCAAGGCGCUCAGAAGUCCGAAGUAUGAGAAAAUCUCGCCGAUCACUAUGAAUCGCUUGGAACGCGCCCAACUCGAUCUCGAACAGAGAUUACUGAAUGUCAGAGGAAAGUUGGAGGACUUCGAGUUUCCAUCAAUGUUCGCGGGUGUCGCAAAUUCCCAAAGCUCAACAGAGGCGAAACUUGUCCGAUUCAAGGAAUGGAAAGCCGCUUUCGUCGAUUUCAGGAAGUUUACGCUGUCUUACUAUCGUCGGAGGUAUGGAGCUUGGCCACCAAAGGCCUCUUCGAAGAAGAACAACUUUGAAGAGAGCGGUCUGAACAGAGUCUUACUGCAGGAACUUUACAAAGACUUCACCGACCUGUAUGAUAUCCUGGUCGAUCGGUCGAGCAUCACAACGAGGACUGCCGAUAUGCCACCCAUGGCGGAUGACGCUGAGACUAGCGAUCUCAAUGAAUCCAUACAGCAUGCAAUCCGACGUGUUGAAAGUGAAUAUGACCGAGCCACGCCGCCUGUCGUACCUCCAAUGCCCUUUGAUACGCCAUUACUGCCCCAAUUUUCUCACAGCUUCAACCGUACCCACGUGGUCGUUGUGGAUAAGACAGCACUACAAAUCAAGAAACUGCGCGAAAAUGAGGUCAACGAGGUAUUGUUAGGCUCGUACAAUCGGAUGUCGAUCAAUGCAAGCCCGUGGAUCCAAGCCUUCUUCAACUACGAGCGCCGCGCUGGUCAUGGAAAAUACCUCGAGCAAAUUGUCGACGCUCGAUGCGGUCAUUGGCUGUUCUUGUACGCCGUUUUACAAGCCCUCCCGAUGACUAUUGUGGACGCCCGAGACCUAAAAUACACGGAUGGAGUCGAAUACUUCUUGUGUGCCGCACCCAGAGGAGGUAGGCCAUGGAUGAAGGAAGAUCAGUCGACAUCAAGAACUUGGUACAAUGUUCAGAGUGGUGGAGGCCUUGUCACAGCCGAUCAGAUCGACCAUAGCGUGGAAGGGAUUUACCGGCGAAGCCAUUGCUGGACAUCAGCCACAGAAUGGAGACAGGCACAGGACGGUGUUGCGCAGCCAAUGCAACAGGACCAGGCGGCUGGUCUAGAACCGCAGCCACGAAAUCCCCAUGCUGCCGCCUCCCCGUACCUCAGCCCGCAACAGUCACCUUAUGCCAGUCCACAUGCCUCACCGCUCAUGAGGCCGCUCUCUCCGGCACACUCCGACACUCGAAGCGUCAGCCAUGACAGGACUUCACUCAAUCUGGGACUGGAGGCCAUGGGGACAUCACCAUCUCAGCAGGUGCCACGUCCGGCCUCGACGUUUAACCCACCCAUCAAAUUCGAGGCGGAUCCGAACAUGACAUUCGACGCGAUUUUGGGUCCGUCUGACGAACCAAAACCCAAGGGAAAGAAAGGGAAGAAAUGAUUGUAUUACCAUUCCGGUUGAGCUUUUGCAUAGCGGGAUCCGUUUGCCACGGUCGGUGUCUGCGCCAUCAUUGCAUAUUUUAGGAAGUAGGCCUGUUCAGAGUAGGCAUCUUUGGAGCUGAAUGUUGAAAGCAGCGUGCUGAAUGAGCUUUUGGAUGUGUCCCCCUUCGACAACGACAACUUCGAUUGGAGACAAACGUACUGAUUGCUGAGCGUAUAGCGAAUCAAAUAGCCCUUACAUCCCUUCGAAAUAAAUCCCUUUAUGACGUCAAGUUCAAAU